AUGAACAUGAUAGGAGAUGGUCAAGAAACAGAUCAACAGAGGCAAGAUCAUCAAGAAGAAGAGGAUGAUGAUGAAGAAGAAGUAAAUAGGUAUGAUGCAGAAGAGGAAAAUGCUCAAGAUGAAGAAGAUGCAGCAGUUUAUAUAUUAGUGGUACUUCAACUAAUGUUGGAAACAAUUUUACUUGGGCUGCUGAGUCACCAACAAAUAGACAUAUUAGUGGUUGUUCAUCACAUGUUGAGAUUAGGGAUACUUGCGCUACUGUGUCACCAACGAAUUGACAUAAAUAGUGGAGAUGAUCAAGAAUUAUAUGAGCAGAGAGAAGACCAUCAACAAGAAGAUGAUGAUUUGCAAUUUGAAGAAGAAAUAUAUGAUGCAGAAGAUGAAGAAGCAGACACUCAAACAGAAGAAAACGAUGAGCAAGAAAAUAAUAGCAAUCAAGCAAACCCCAGCAAGAGCAAUGUAGAUAUCACUGGAAGUGAAAACCUAAAUAAUGGAAAUGAGCAUGGAGGAGAUCAGCGAGGAAAAGAUCUAUGUCAAGAAGAAGAAGAUCAUGCAGAAUCGAAUGGUGGAAAAGAAAAUGGUAAACAUGGAAGAGGAAUAACAGAAAAUGAGCAAGAAGAUGAUGUUGAUAGUAAGGAAAAUGAUGAUAAGGAAGGUAAACAGGAAUAUGAUUAUACCACUAGUGAUGAUGGAGGAAAAACAGAAAAACUACAAAUGAAUACAGAAGAUGCUGCGGGGGAUGGUGAGAAUGAAUCAGAGAUAAAUUUAAAGUGGGCAAGCAAUUCAAGGAGAAAACAAGAUCUGGGUUAUACUUUGAACACAAAAAGGCAGAGAACAUCUGAAGAAAAGGCUGACCAGACACAGAAUGGAGACCGAUAA